AUGAAGGGUCCAGACCCCGUGGACAACGCCGGCGAACGGCGGAUCCCACGGGGCGGCUCCCUCCAGGAAUCUGAGUUUCGGGUAUGGCCAGCGGCCAUCGAUCCACAGACCCCAACGGUGCCGGGCGCCAAAAGGCCCCCGGGCUUCGGUCACCGCGGCGGGGGCACCAAGGGCCCAGCGCAACUCGAAUCCCCCAUAACCAAGCGGCCGGGCAUGAUGAAAACCCCCGAGGGGGCCCGUCACAACUACACGGGGGCGUGGGCAUGGGAGGGAUCAGGCGUUGCUGGGUCCCGGGUACCACCACUGCGUCCCUCGGUGGACCGCCUAUUCGCACCUUCCCUCCGCGCGCCUUCCCCACAUCCCGCCGGCCGGGCCGCCCAACUCCCCCUCCCCGCCAACUGGCGCCUCACACCCGUCUCCCUGGGGCGCGAAGCACCGCCAGCAGCCCCGCCGCCCCAGGGCUAG